AUGUAUGUGAGGAAGCGUGACGGUCGUCAGGAGCGUGUCCAGUUUGACAAGAUCACGGCUCGUGUUUCACGACUGUGUUACGGCUUGGACACUGACCAUGUCGACCCUGUGGCCAUUACCCAGAAGGUCAUCUCUGGUGUCUAUGGAGGCGUCACAACAGUACAGCUUGAUGACCUUGCUGCCGAGACUGCCGCGUACAUGACCGUUACCCAUCCCGACUAUGCUAUUCUGGCUGCCCGCAUUGCCGUCUCCAACCUCCACAAACAAACCAAGAAGCAGUGGUCUGCUGUCGUCAGCGACCUGUACCACUAUGUCAACCCCAAGAACAGCAAAGCCUCGCCUAUGAUCUCCAAAGAUACAUACGAGUGCGUCAUGAGACACAAGGAAGAGCUUGACUCUGCCAUUGUCUACGACCGAGACUUCAACUACCAAUACUUCGGCUUCAAGACACUGGAGCGAUCAUAUCUCCUGAAACUUGAUGGCAAGAUUGUUGAGCGACCACAGCACAUGAUUAUGCGUGUGGCUGUUGGCGUUUGGGGAGACAACAUUGAGCGUGUCCUUGAGACAUACCACCUCAUGUCCAGCAAGUUCUUUACCCAUGCCUCCCCCACUCUCUUCAACGCUGGUACCCCGCAAGCUCAGCUGUCCUCAUGCUUCCUGGUGGACAUGAAGGACGACAGCAUUGAGGGUAUCUACGACACUUUGAAGACAUGUGCCAUGAUUUCCAAGAUGGCUGGUGGUAUCGGCCUGAACGUCCACCGUAUCCGUGCCACGGGCUCUUACAUUGCCGGCACCAACGGUACCUCCAACGGUAUCAUCCCCAUGCUUCGAGUCUUCAACAACACUGCCAGAUACGUCGACCAGGGUGGCAACAAGCGCCCUGGAGCCUUUGCCAUCUACCUCGAGCCUUGGCACGCUGAUGUUUUUGAGUUCCUUGACCUCCGCAAGAACCACGGCAAGGAAGAGGUCCGUGCCCGUGACCUGUUCCUCGCUCUCUGGAUCCCUGAUCUGUUCAUGAAGCGUGUUGAGAAGAACUUGGACUGGACUUUGAUGUGCCCUAACGAAUGCCCUGGCCUUGCUGACUGCUAUGGCGAAGAAUUCGAGGCGCUGUAUGAGAAGUAUGAGAAGGAAGGAAAGGGUCGCAAGACUAUCCGAGCUCAGAAGCUGUGGUACUCUAUCCUAGAGGCCCAGACUGAGACUGGCAACCCCUUCAUGCUUUACAAGGAUGCUUGCAACCGUAAGAGCAACCAGAAGAACCUGGGAACCAUCCGCAGCUCCAACCUCUGCACCGAGAUCAUUGAGUACUCUGCCCCUGACGAGGUCGCUGUCUGCAACUUGGCCUCUUUGGCUCUCCCUGCAUUUGUCGACUAUAACGAAGGCUGCUAUGACUUCAAGAAGCUUCACGACGUUACCAAGGUGGUUGUCCGUAACCUCAACCGCAUCAUCGAUGUGAACUACUACCCCGUUCAGGAGGCUCGCAACAGCAACAGCCGCCACCGACCCAUUGGUGUCGGUGUCCAGGGUCUUGCUGACGCUUUCCUCGCUCUGCGUCUUCCCUUCGAAUCACCCGAAGCUCGCGAGUUGAACAAGCAAAUCUUUGAGACUAUCUACCACGCUGCCCUUGAGGCAUCCAUGGAGAUUGCCAAGAUCGAGGGUCCCUAUGAGUCAUUCAAGGGAUCACCCGCCUCUGAAGGCAUUCUCCAGUUUGACUUGUGGGACGUCAAGCCCACUGACCUCUGGGAGUGGGACUCCCUCAAGGAGCAAAUCAAGGAGCACGGUAUUCGCAACAGUUUGCUCGUCGCCCCCAUGCCCACUGCCAGCACUUCCCAGAUCCUAGGCAACAAUGAAUGCUUCGAGCCCUACACCUCCAACAUCUACCAGCGACGUGUCCUUGCUGGCGAGUUCCAGGUUGUCAACCCCUGGCUUCUCAAGGAUCUUGUCGAUACUGGCCUCUGGUCCGAUGCUAUGAAGAACCGCAUCAUUGCUGAGAACGGUUCUAUCCAGAACAUUCCCAACAUUCCCGCCGACAUCAAGGCCCUGUACAAGACUGUUUGGGAGAUCUCUCAGCGUCACAUCGUCCAGAUGUCAGCCGACCGUGGUGCUUUCAUUGACCAGUCCCAGUCCUUGAACAUUCACAUGAAGGAUCCCACAAUGGGCAAGAUCACCAGCAUGCACUUCACUGGCUGGAAGCUUGGUCUCAAGACUGGCAUGUACUACCUACGUACCCAGGCCGCGGCUGCACCUAUCCAGUUCACAGUUGAUCAAGAGGCACUCAAGGUUGCUGAUGCCAACGUCAGCAAGGAUCGUGUUCUGAAGAAGCGCGCUCCUCCUCCAGGUUCCUCCUUUUCAAUGACUUCAGCCACUGCCGUUCCUAGACUUAGCAACGCUAAGAAGGACGACGUCUCUGGAAACUCAUUGAGUUCUACUGGUAUUCCUACUCCCACUACCACGCCUCCCCCUCUGGGCAGACCUUUGGCUUCGCCCCACAAAGCUCCUCCUAUGAAGGCUGACAUCGAUGAAGGCGACAGCCCCAAGGUACUCCCUACGGAGCCUUCAGAUGCUGUCAAGGAGGAGGAGCUGAGCAAGAAGCCCGACCAGACGGAAGACAAGAACGAUAAUAGCGAGGAGCGCGAGAGGGACAUUUACUCGGAUGCUGUUCUAGCCUGCAGCAUUGAAAACCCCGAGUCCUGCGUUAUGUGCAGUGGUUAA